AUGCUCGCGCAACCGUGUGACUCCUUUUUGGACGACGAAUUUGGGAGACCAGUAGAGUCCAUAAUGAGAUGUGAAGAUUUCAAAAGCAAUUUUGCCAGAAGGCUCUCCAACCGAUUUAUUGCCCGAACCCCGGUCUCUGGGUCGAGACAAGACGGUGUGUUGAAACUGUGUCCUGCCGAAAAACAGGAAAUACUGAAUAAAGUUCCAGAAAGAAUUGAGCCAUGUUCUCAACUUUCGAAGAGUAAUCAUUUAGAAGCAAGCGGGGAGAUCGUGAAAUCGCCGGACAAAGUGAUAAACAAUAACGCUGACAUGAGACAUACGGAAGUAAACGCGUUAAAUAUGGAGGUGGACACUUUGCGGUGGCAGUUAGCUCAGACUGAAGCCAACAGACAGAUGCAUAUAGCUUUGCUUAAGCAAAUUGUGACAUUUUUGAACAGAGUCAAAGAACAUAUUGAAUGCCAGAAAAAUGAAUCAGAAAUACGACUAGAUAAACUAUCUCCCAUGGUUUUAUCGAAGCCUUUAAAUAUAUCUGACUUGCCACGGUCUCGUUCCGUUCUACAUGUCAGUAAAAAUCUGGAUUGUUCAAUAAGCUCCACAAAGAAAAUGAGUACAAGGAAAAUCAGUAAAUCGAUUAAUAACGUUAACGGAUACAGAGAUUGCAGUAGUAUUUGGAGCCAGUCGAAAUUAUCCUUUGUUACUGAAGACGAGACUGGGCAAAAGUUAAGUGAGGAGAUGUCAAGACUGAUCACUCUUGCCAACACGGUUCUUAGCACUAAACUUCCUGAUUUAGCGUGCGCGUGUGUCUGUAAUCGAUCUAAAUCUUCUUUACAGUUAUCCGAAGACAGCAAAAAAGAAGAAGCGAGUGUACACAAUGAAUCAGAUUCUUUGAACUUAGACUUAAACAGUACAAUCGAUAACAUCGUCCUCAUUACAAACUGCAAGACGGAAACUCACAAUGGCAUUACUAAUAAAUUUGAUGACGUGAAAAAUAAAAUUUUGAAUGAUUUUAUUGUAUCGCAGUCGCCGCUUUGCUUUGGUUUGAAAAACGAUUCUUCCGGUGUUAAGCUUUUUGAACAAGAAACUCCCGUUUCACAAAAUAGUCUAGUUACAACGUGUGGGAAUGUGGGACAAGCAGUUGACAAAAGAAGCGAGUACAAUGCCUCAUCAAAUUUUAUAGAAGAUGAAAGUGGUUUUUCGUCCAUGAGUUCAUUUCAAGAGAUAGGUAUUCCGAUCAUAAGUAUAAUUCCGCCGUCGCCUAGCAAAGAAGUGGAGUAUUUAGAAGAAAUCGCUGCCGAAAAUGAAAAAUGGAAAGCGGACAACAUUGAACUUGAUAGCCAAAGUGUCAAAGUUUUUUGGGUU